GAGGGGCCUGCGGUGGCUGCAGGUGAAUGGAGCCGGGUGUCGGGUUUUCCGGAAGCGGCGGCGGCUGCUGUGCCGAAGAAGUUUAUUCUUCCCCCGCCAACCUUCGCUUGGCGAGUUGCACCAGGCGGUGCCGGCUAAACGUGGUGCUUGCAGCAGCAGCAGCAGCAGCAGCAAGCAGCAUUCGCCGCUAGCAACAGUCGCGCCUCCUCCUUCUCGUUCUCCUUCCCCGUGGACAGCGGCCGAUGGAGGUGCUUCCCACUCGGGACGAUAAACACAACCCGCUGAGCGAUGCCAACUUCUGCUCUCGGCUCUUCUUCUGGUGGCUGAAUCCUUUAUUUGCUGUUGGUUAUAAACGGAAACUGGAAGAAGAUGAUAUGUAUAAAGUACUUACUGAAGAUUCUUCAAAGGUGCUUGGAGAGAGAUUGCAAUGGUUCUGGGACAAAGAGGUGCAAAAGGCUAAAAAAGAAGCAAGGAUGCCACAUCUUACAAAAGCCAUUAUACUUUGUUACUGGAAGCCGUAUUUAGUUUUGGGAUUUUUCACACUGGUUGAGGAAACACUCAAAAUAAUUCAGCCAAUAUUUCUGGGAAAGAUCAUUGGUUAUUUUGAAAACGGUUCUCAUGGUGAUGAUGCUUUGAAAUAUGCCUAUUUGUCUGCAGCGGCCUUGUCUGUGUGUACUUUGAUUUUGGCCAUAACUCAUCACUUGUAUUUUUAUCAUGUACAAAGAACUGGCAUGAAGUUGAGAGUAGCCAUGUGCCAUAUGAUUUAUCGGAAGGCACUUCGUCUGAGUAAUAAAGCCAUGACACAAACGACAACAGGUCAAAUUGUAAAUCUUUUAUCAAAUGAUGUGAAUAAAUUUGAUCAGGUCACUAUUUUCUUGCAUUUCUUAUGGGCUGGACCACUUCAAGCGAUAGCAGUAACUGCACUUCUUUGGCUUGAGAUUGGCCCAUCAUGCCUUGCAGGAAUGGCAGUUCUUAUUAUUCUGCUUCCUCUGCAAACCUGCAUUGGGAGGUUGUUCUCAUCUCUGAGGAGCAAGACAGCAGCCUUCACUGAUGCAAGGAUCAGAACCAUGAAUGAGGUCAUAACUGGAAUGAGAAUAAUAAAGAUGUAUGCCUGGGAAAAAUCAUUUGCGGAUCUUGUGAAUGGCAUAAGAAGGAUGGAAAUUUCCAAGGUUCUUAAGAGCUCUUACCUUCGUGGAUUCAAUUUGGCAUCUUUCUUUAUUGCCAGUAAAAUAACAGUGUUUAUGACGUUCAUGACCUACGUAUUGCUUGGCAAUCUUAUCUCUGCAACUCGAGUGUUUGUUGCAGUGUCGCUCUAUAGUGCGGUGAGGCUGACAGUCACCCUCUUCUUUCCAGCAGCGAUUGAGAAAGCCUCUGAAGCAAUGGUCAGCAUUCGACGAAUCAAGCACUUUUUGAUACUUGAUGAGAUUUCUGAGUUCAGUCCACCGCUCAAAAAUGACAAUGAAAAUGUCCUCCUUCAUGUGCAAGAUAUAACUUGUUACUGGGAUAAGACUCUGGGAUUGCCAGCGCUCAAUAAUAUUUCAUUUACUGUCAGACCAGGGGAAUUACUCAUUGUGAUUGGCCCUGUGGGAGCAGGAAAAUCCUCUCUCUUAAGUGCUAUCCUUGGUGAACUGUCUGCAAGCAAAGGUUUCAUUGAUGUUCGAGGAAGAAUUGCCUAUGUUUCUCAGCAACCAUGGGUGUUUUCUGGCACUGUAAGAAAUAACAUACUGUUUGGGAAAGAAUAUAAAAAAGAAAAAUAUGAAAAGGUUCUAAGAGCUUGUGCUCUUAAAAAGGAUAUGUUGCUUCUGGAAGAUGGAGACCUGACAAUGAUCGGAGAUCGGGGAGCUACACUAAGUGGAGGCCAGAAAGCCAGAGUUAAUCUUGCCAGAGCAGUGUAUCAAGAUGCAGACAUCUACCUCUUGGAUGAUCCAUUGAGUGCAGUGGAUGCAGAAGUUAGCAGGCAUUUGUUUGAAAAGUGUAUCUGUCAGACCUUGCAUAAAAAGCUGUCUAUUUUAGUGACUCACCAGUUGCAAUAUCUCCAAUCUGCCAACCAGAUCCUAAUUUUAAAGGAGGGUAAUGAGGUAGGGAAGGGAACUUAUUCAGAUUUCCUGAGAUCUGGAAUAGAUUUUACUUCCCUUUUGGAAAAACCUGAAGAUGAUGAACAUGCACUAAUUCCAGGAACCCCCAGUCACAGCUUGUCUAGGCUCCGUACAUUUUCACAAUCCUCUAUGUUGUCGAUGGACUCGUCUGUGCAGUCUCAGAAAGAAGGGGCUGCCGAACCUCCCUCUAUGGAGCCUGUCCUGACCUCAUUGCCAGAAGAGAGUCGUUCAGAGGGGAAAAUAAACUUUCACAUUUAUAUGAAAUAUUUUGCUGCUGGAGCAAAUUAUUGUUUAAUUUUUAUAAUUGUGCUUCUCAAUAUUUUGGCACAGGUUUCUUAUGUGCUCCAGGACUGGUGGCUUUCUUACUGGGCAAAUCAGCAAGAAAAGUUGAAUGUUACAAAUGAGACGAAAACUCUUGAUCUUGACCUCUACUUAGGAAUAUAUGCAGGUUUAACUGUGACUACAGUGGUAUUUAGUAUACUGAGAAGUCUACUUGUAUUUCAAGUUUUGGUUAAUGCUGCUCAGACUUUGCACAACAAAAUGUUUCAGUCAAUUCUAAGUGCUCCAGUGCUGUUUUUCGACAGAAAUCCUAUUGGAAGAAUUCUAAACCGUUUCUCCAAAGAUAUUGGCCACCUGGAUGAUUUACUUCCUUUAACAUUUCUGGAUUUUACACAGACCUUUCUUCAGAUUUUUUGUGUUGUGGGCGUAGCAGUUGCAGUGAUUCCUUGGAUUCUCAUCCCAUUAGUUCCACUUCUCAUUCUGUUUGUCUUUCUUCGUCGUUACUUUUUGGCUACAUCGAGAGACAUUAAACGUCUGGAAUCCACAACUCGAAGCCCGGUGUUCUCUCAUUUGUCAUCAUCUCUCCAGGGACUUUGGACUAUUCGGGCUUUUAAAGAAGAGAAAAGAUUCCAAGAAUUAUUUGAUGCACACCAAGAUCUCCACUCAGAAUCCUGGUUCUUAUUUUUGACUACUUCUCGGUGGUUUGCUGUACGCCUGGAUGCCAUCUGUGCCAUCUUUGUGGUUGUAGUUGCCUUUGGUUCUUUGCUUCUUGCACAGACUCUAGAUGCAGGACAAGUUGGUUUAGCUUUGUCCUAUGCAAUCACUCUCAUGGGAAUGUUUCAGUGGGGCGUUCGGCAAAGUGCUGAAGUUGAAAACUUGAUGAUAUCAGUGGAACGCGUAAUUGAAUACACAGAACUUGAGAGGGAAGCACCUUGGGAAUCAAAUAAGCGUCCACCCCCAGAAUGGCCAAGUGAAGGUGUUAUAGCAUUUGAAAACGUGAACUUCACUUAUAGUUUGGAUGGGCCUUUAGUACUAAAACACUUCUCAGCUUUAAUCAAGUCAAAAGAGAAGGUUGGAAUUGUGGGAAGAACGGGAGCUGGAAAGAGCUCUCUAAUAGCUGCUCUUUUCCGGUUGGCUGAGCCCCACGGAAGAAUUUGGAUUGAUAAAUACUUGACAUCAGAACUAGGACUUCACGAGUUGAGGAAGAAAAUUUCAAUCAUACCUCAGGAGCCAGUUUUGUUUACUGGAACUAUGAGGAAAAACUUGGAUCCUUUCAGUGAAUAUAGUGAUGAGGAGCUGUGGAAUUCUUUGGAAGAGGUCCAGCUAAAGGAAGCUAUAGAAGAGUUGCCUGACAAACUGGAUACGCAGCUGGCAGAAUCUGGAUCUAAUUUUAGUGUUGGGCAGAGGCAACUGGUGUGCCUGGCCAGAGCUAUUCUCAAGAAGAAUAAAAUACUGAUUAUUGAUGAAGCAACAGCAAACGUGGACCCAAGAACUGACGAGCUGAUUCAAAAGACAAUCCGUGAAAAGUUUGCCCAGUGCACCGUGUUGACGAUUGCACACAGGUUGAACACUAUCAUUGACAGUGACAAGAUUAUGCUUUUGGAUUCAGGACGGCUGAAAGAAUAUGAUGAGCCAUACAUUUUGCUACAAGAAGAGGAGAGCCUGUUUUACAAGAUGGUUCAACAAGUGGGUAAGGCUGAAGCUGCAUCCCUCAUGGAAACGGCAAAACAGGUUUAUUUCAGGAAGAACUACCCUGAAGUUAUUUCUAACGGUCAGGCAGUCACCACCACCUCAUCAGUGGACGAUUCUCAAGGAUUAAUUAUUUUUGAGACUGCACUAUGAUCCUAUACAAUCACUGGGGGCGGGGGGGCGCUUUUUUUUUUUUUUUAGCAGAAUGUAAUACUAAUACAAUGUAAACCAAAUGUUGCUCUUAAUUGAAAAUACUGUUUUUGCACUGGACAGCUACUUGUUGUAUUGAAAAAAAAACCCACUUUUUCAUGACUUGUUUCUUUCAUUUGAAUGUAAUACAGUUCAAUCUUCUUAAAAUGCUGUAGAUAUUUUUACUUUUUGUUUUUGUAAUGGUCUGAUUCUGUGGACUGACUUUAGCAAUAGCUCAUCCCACAAAAUUUGAAGCUUCAGUCUGUUCUGGGCAAAUGAGGCUCUGAGCACCCUCAUUUCCUCGUGUCUUAUAAAAGUGCCUUGACAUCAGGAACUGUGUUCCUCUCCUGAUCAUGGCUGCUGAGCCAUUAAAAGGCUUUGAGAUUGUUGCCCAAAUACCCCUCACUCCAGAUGCAUUCUUACUGUAAUACAGAAGUGCUAUGCCGGGGUAGAGAAAUGGUGGUAGUGAUGUGGUAGUGGGUUAGCCUUGGACCAGACUCUGGUAUGGCCAGUGGGUGCCACCACAUGGCCUGUUGUGGCAUUGCUCUAGUACAGGGUCCCUUAAGCCUGAUCUUUUGGUUCCAGAGGCUUCCACUGCACAACUUGUGCCCUGCACAGCUUGUGACACAGAUACAACCCACCAACUACAGGUGGUGCUCAUUUCUGUUUGGGGGGCCUUGUUUGGGUUUCUGUUGCAAAAACGGGAGGUUAUCAAGCACCUAGCUGACCAACAUGCAAUCUGGUGGGCUGCAGUUGGCUUGUUGAGUCACAGGUUGUGUAGGUGUGUUGAAAAGGAAUAAGGUGGAUAAAUAUAUACAUUGUUUGCUAUACCACUCUUCUGUGUAUGUUUGAACCACUGGUGCAGGCCACCUUACACUUUGAAGUUUACCAUACAGUUUUUCCAGGUUGGAAAUAGUGUAUUUUUCUAACUUUGCAUAUAGAAGCAACUAGGAAAAAAUGAAUUAAUGUUACUUCACUCUUAGAAAUGUAUAUCUGUAAACCCUCAGCUGCAUUUACAACAUGUUUAUACCAGUGCUUUUAAGCAGCUUCACAAAUUGGCCAGUUCAAGGAAUGAGCAAACCAAAGUUUCUUUGAUGGGAAGCUUUAAACUUUCUUGCCUGUAAGCUGCAAAUGAGAUAAUUUUAUUAGAAGCACACCAAUUUUAUUAGAAGCACACCAGAAAUGAUUUUGCAUCUGGCAAGGUUAGUAUAUAAAAGGAACACAUAUCCAAUAGAAACCCAUUGGUGGUAAGAGGAUGUUACUGGGACAGUUAGCCUUUUAAUAGUUGUAUAGAUGCUUCCAGAGGAGUAAAGUGAGGGCUGUACAGAUUCACUGGCUUGUUCAGUGAAUGAUGAUGCACCGUUUAUGAAAUGGGAACUCAACACUGUAUCCUUGUAACUGCUCAGCACAUUUCACAGUAGUUGCAUGGAAGCCAGUUCUGUGCCUUCUUCCCAGGAAUGACGGCGCCAUGUGGGAGAAGCAGGAUCUUGUUCAAAUUGCUGUUCAGGGGUGAGUCCGACCUGAGGUAGUGACCGUGAUGCCUGCAUGGUUCUUCCUAAGCAAUCCCACCCACCCCACACGUGAUGCCUAUGUUGCUAGAGUGACCUAGGAAGAAGCCACUGGAAAGAAUAGCCCACACCAGUACCAGUGAGGUGUGAAUAGGCUAACUAGCAAAUGCAGAGGAUACUUUUACCACAUCUCUGCUGCACCUAGCUAGAAAUAUGGGCAAUUAUGGACAUGGUAAAAAUUCUCUUUGCCCACUGUCAGUCUAUUACAGACAACCGAGCAGUUGCAUGAACACCGACUGCCUGUAUUUGCCAGUUGUCACCUUUUUAAAACUCUGGUAACAAACAGAUCCACUGAUCAGACAGCUAGCCAAGGAUAGUACCACAGAGGAUAUGACCUUGGUACUAAUUGGUUGUGUGUAUUUGGACAAGGUGCUGGGUAAUGAAAACACUCAUCCAUGCAAUACAAGAAUAUAACAACCAUUAAACUCCUUGGUGGCUCGUGGUCAAUCCCUGAAAGCUGCUGCUGCUUCUUUUUUUAAAAAUUGUCAUAUUAUAGCCAUAUCAGAAUCGAAUGCUGAAAUUGAAUCUGUGUAAGAGAAGAUGGUUAUGUUUUGUGUGGCUGUUUGUGUACGAGUAUUAAAUUAUUUUAACAAGCA